GUCAAACGAUUAAUAAAGUUCAUCAAACUUUCAAGAACUUGGUAAACAAAAUACGGUUUUGUUAAUUAACGGUUGGUUUGAGAGCUGCUCUCUCCAUGGUUUGGGGUUCCCCAAAUUCUUGGAUGCCAUCCCCUCUGAAAAGUUCUUCAACUUAGCUCAAUAAUCCCUGGACUCCUGAUUUUUGGAAAUUUCCUUCCCUACCAUCCCUAAUGGGGAAAGGCAGAGGUAACAUCACGAACACAAAAAUGCCAAAUACACCCAAGAUAGAUGAUGACGGGAAAGGCCCGAGUGCAUAUGUGAAACCGGUGACCCAUGUUUUGACGGAAAACAAAGAUAAUUCGUGCUUGGAUGUAACAAUGGAGAAUCCUGAAAUAGGGGCGAACGACCAAGUUGCUAGCAAGAGCAUAACAAACCAUGCACACCAACUAUUUGAUCUAAAUGGCGAACCAGAAAAAGAGAAGACGGCUAACAAAACUUCAUGGGCGGGCCUUUUUAAAGAUAACAGGGCACCCUCAAAAGGAAUGAAGCUAAGAUAUAUUCCUACAGAAGGUGAUUUUGUUGAUAUGAGCAUUGAAGAACCCAUAAAUAUGGUGGAAGUUUGGGGUUUCUGUCUUGUGGGUUUUUUCACUGGAAGGUUCCCAGGGAUAAAAUCAGUUUAUAAGCUCAUGGAUGGAUGGGAUGUUAGAUGCAAACUGCUGCAACAUUCUAGAGGUUGGUUUGUGUUUCAGUUCAAAACAGAUGAGGAUAGAACAAGAGUUCUACUGGAUGGGCCAUAUGAUGUGGCUGGAAGAAUGCUUAUGCUAAAGGAACUAUCUGAAGCUUUCUCCUUUGAAGAUGAAGAGUUCCUAAAGGUUCCAUUAUGGGUAAAGUUCCCUAGAUAUCCAAUGGAAUGCUGGAAUGAAGAGAAAAUCAACAUUGUUGCAUCUAAAGUAGCACAACCAAUUUACACAGAUGGUGUUACUAAUGAGAAGACUAAACUUGAUUACGCUAGAGUUCUUAUUGAAGUUGACAUAUCUAAGUCCCAUCCCCUCAGUGUUAAAAUGAGAAUGAGAUUUGGCAAGAACUUGGUAACCAAACUGGC